CCUCCCACUGUGCAAGAGAACCAAUGGCAUCCGGCGUGGAGCUCCUUCGCUUCCAGCUCCCCGGCCACGAGGCGGCCACGCUCCGCAACAUGAACCAGCUCCGUUCUGAGGAGCGCUUCUGCGACGUCACCAUCGUGGCCGACAGCCUUAAGUUCCGGGGCCACAAGGUCAUCCUGGCUGCCUGUUCCCCUUUCCUGAGGGACCAGUUCCUUCUCAACCCUUCCUCCGAACUCCAGGUUUCCCUCAUGCACAGCACCAAGAUAGUGGCCGAUCUCCUCCUCUCCUGCUACACCGGUGCCCUGGAGUUCGCCGUCAGGGACAUCGUCAACUACCUGACGGCCGCCAGCUACUUGCAGAUGGAGCACGUGGUGGAGAAGUGCCGGAACGCCUUGUCCCAGUUCAUCGAACCCAAAAUCAGCCUCAAGGAAGAUGCCACAAAGUUUGGAAGCCACCGACGGUCUCAGACCCCCAGUGUGGUGGACUGUUCCACCUCGACCCGAAAGGAAUACUCCCGCAAGAGGCCCAUGCUGCGGCCCAUCAAGCUGGAGUUUCCGCUGGAGGAACACCUGGAGAUGAAGGCUGAGGACGACGACGAGGAGCAGGAUGAAGACUACGGAGACGAUGACGCCGUCUCUGACAUCUGCAUCGUGAAGAUCGAGUCGGCCAUGGAGGUGGCCCAGCGUCAGAAGAAGAAGCAGCAGCAGACGGGCGCGGCUUGGAACAAGGAGGCGUCUCCUCAGCAGAGCUGGAACAAGGAGUCUUCUCCGCCGCCAGCUUGGGGCAAGGAGUCUUCUCCUCCACCGGGGUGGAACAAAGAUGCUUCAGGAGACCAAGAAGAAUCUCAAGUCAACUCUACAGUGGCAGAAGCGGUGGGGUCCCCUCCAGAACCAACGCCAGAGAAACCUCAGCAGGGCGUAGUCAAGGCGUGUUACAGCCUGUACGAGGAUGCUGAAGGUUCGGGCCUCCUGAUCAUCCCCAGCGGAGGCUACUUGGAGGAGACCAGCGAAGCAGCGGCUGUCGCGUCCGAGUGCCAGAGCAGCGGUGGCGGGGUGGGGCUGGUCUUGGCGGGACUGAGCGGCCGCCCCUUCUCCAGCUUCCCCGCGACCGGGAGGGGCAGCGAUGGCGGCUCGGGGGCGGCGUGGGGCGGCAACGGCACCUCGAGGAUCAUCUGCUGCACCAAGUGUGACGAGGUCUUCCAAGGGGUGGAGAAGCUGGUCUUCCACAUGCGAGCCCACCACUUCAUCUUCAUGUGCCCCCGCUGCGGCAAGCAGUUCAACCACAGCAGCAACCUCAACCGGCACAUGAACGUCCACCGCGGCGUCAAGUCGCACUCCUGCACCAUCUGCGGGAAGUGCUUCACCCAGAAAUCCACACUGCACGACCACAUGAACCUCCACAGCGGCGAGAGGCCGUACCGCUGCUCCUACUGUGAGGUCCGCUUCGCCCACAAGCCCGCCAUCCGGCGCCACCUCAAGGAGCAGCACGGGAAGACCACGGCCGAGAACGUCAUGGAAGCUGGCAUGGCCCAGAUUAAUGUCCUCAUACGCUGAAGGAGAAGG